AUGCAAAGGAUGCGACCAACGAUUUUUAUUCGGAGCCGACAUUACGGAGGGGAACUGUUCCAGCACGUGAAUGCCAAGCUUCGCCAGCUUGACAUACGGAUUGUGGAAAACGACCUUAUCCCGCCUCAGGAUUGGUAUUCGAGCCUUAGGCGCGGGACUUUGGUCAUGAUCAGAGCUACGUUGCACGCACUCAAUUGGAAAGAACGACGAGUCUAUCAACUGAACGCACACACUAUCCGCAUUUUGGAUGAAUCAAAGCUUGAGAUCGAACCGUUUGGCACCCAAUCUAGCAUGCACCCAGCAUUCAAAGCUAUGUCCCCAACGUUUUUCGAAAUGGCUGGAUUCAAGGCAUAA